AUGAAGGGCCAUUCCGGGAGGGCUGGGGCAGCCACAGGUCGACAAAAUCCCGAGCCGAAGAAGCAAUUCCUUCUCCUCUGUGCAGCCGUUAAAGAUGGCGCCGUCUGCCGGAACUUCGCGUCGACGUGCGCGCUUCAACACACCGAAAAGACUCGCCUCGGUGACCCUCUCGAGGCUUCGCCCGCUGCUCUCGACUCCGGCGAGUCGCGUUCGGAGUUGGCUUUCUGUCGCUCAGAUCGCCCUUCUCGCAACUUUCCUAGAGACAGUCGCCGGCAGACGCCGCCUACCCAGUCACGAACAGCCGUUCCUCAGAGAUCCAUGUUUGCGGCUCCUGCGCCGUCGCCCCUCCAAAGCUCGUCGCCUUCGCCUCUGUGCGUGCCGCUCAACUCCGCGUCCGCCUCUCUCCCUCCGUCCCUCCUCUACUUGGAAAUCUCGGAAAGCGGCCUCGCCCUCGUCGCCUCGUCUGUCGCGCAGUGCGCCGCUCCACUGGCUGGUCUCCACGUUUUGCACCGAACAGUCCUGGCGGAGGUGAAGGCGCGCGACGUGCUUCACGUCUUUGCAGCUCGCGUGCGGACGGAGACAGGGGCCCUCCUGCACGCCUCUACGGCCUCGGGCCUUACGGAAACCUGUGGAAACCUCAGACUGGUCACUGAAGGUCGAUCGUGGGAUCCGUCCCGCGAGAGCCCCGAGCGCGUCUCGCUUCCCCUCGCGCCUACUCUCUGUGCAGUCGCGACGACCCCCACCCAUCCGUGGGCCUCCAAAGAGCUUCCGAAUCGAUGCCUGGUUUCGCCUGGCUGCUGCGACGGGGCGUCGCCCGCCGCUCCGACCUUGACGCCGAGUGACGCCCUCCGUACUGGUGUGGAUCCUGCGACUCUCUCCAACGGGUUGACUGCGACCUCUGUGCUGCCUCAACCACCCGCAGCUUCUUCGCGACCGAACCCGCCUACGACCGAAGCCGGCGUCCCUGCGGGGUCUCCAACCAUCCUCGACAAAGGCAGGGAAGCGACUCCGAGGGAAGCACAGACGCGCGACGGUGAAAGGCAAGCCCCCAGAGCCAGAGGAAUUCCUUCCUCCCGCGCGCAGGAGAGAAAUAACGAUCUCGAGGCCGCGACGGAAAGGCCCCGGGAGACCGACAAACACAGGCACGAAACGGAAGAGAGCCUCCGAGCCAAAGGGCCGUGUUCAAACCAGGAAGGCGGCGCGGCUCCAAAACGACGUUGUGGAUCUGAAGACAUCGUGAUGGCGUUUGUGCGUCUGAGACCAGGCGUGCGGCUCCUCGGAACGCGUGCUCGGUUGGAUCGAAAGCGGGAGGUGGAGCGAAAGGGCUCCGUUUCUACGGAGCCGGCGGGAAGUGACGGCUUUUUUCGACAGGAAGGGUGCUCGGAAGCUGGAGCCGGAAACGCGGAUGCGUCCGCGCGAGCCUCCGCUGCGGAGACACUCCAUGCCUCACGGGGCGAGCGCCGCCACGUGGGCAGCCGCGGGAAGAGACAGCAGAGCGCCGAACGGCGAGGGGACUGCGCGGGACUUGACGAGACACCCGGGAGUGAGCAGGCAGUGACAGAUGCGCCUGCAUACUCCUACCUGAUUCUUGUCCUCGGCCCUCGUCCCCAAGACCUGCCCUCGUGGCUGCGACGCCGACCGACAGCGCAGGCUUUGUCGGCGGACAGCGCGUCAGCAGCUGCGCGCGACCGUCUCCUUGUCUUCGGCGUCUCCUUUUCACCGCCUCUCAGCGCCGCCAGGUCUCGCUGCAGCGAGCCCAUGGUGAUGGAGCGCCCCGUGCCGCGCGAGAAACAGGGAGAAGAAGAGAGAGAGAAAAGGGGAGAAGGAAAGAGAGAGAAACAAAGAGAAGAAAAAAGAGAGAAACAAGGAGAAGAAAAAAGAGAGAAACAAGGAGAAGAAAAGAGAGAGAAAAAAGGGGAAGAAGAGAGAGGGGUAAAGGGAGAAGACAAGGGAGAGGCGCCUCUCAUAAGGGCGGAGAAGGCGCCAGGGGUCGGUAGAGCCGUGACGGAGUUGCAGUGUAUCGGAGAGAGGCGGAAAUCAGAGAUCAAGUUGCGCCGAGAAAGAUUUGAAGCCUCCGUUCGCGGGGCGUCCCGCGAGCUCUUUCGGAUUCUGCGGGCCUGGAUGGCGAAGCGCGAAGAAGAGACAGUUGCAGCCAGACGAGAGCCGCUCGCUUCGAAGGGGGCGGCGCCGAGAAGUCGCUCGCGUGAAUUGGCGCCGAAUUUCGUUUCGUUUGGGUUCUCUGGAACGGACCUCGAAUGCUCCGAAGGCGGCGACGGACGAAGCGCAAGCAUCCCCCUUCGAGAAGACGCGCUCCUGCAGGCAGUGUCUCCGCUCCUGUUUGGGCGCGAGUGGCCUCGCGGGAGAGAGCUCACCGUGGCGGAGACGCCCGGCGCCUGCGAGGAGACAGGUGCUGUCUGUGGGAGGAUGACAACCAAGGCGCCGCAUUCGGGAACGGAGGAGAGAGAACGCGGGUCAGAGGCUGCGUGCCAAGGACUGCGUGCGCCGCAGGGAGUCGAAGGGCGGUCUUGUUUUCCGUUCAGGAGGAAGGACCAGCUUCUCUUUCUGUCCGGAUGCGACGGCUCAGGCUCAGUGACGCGGGAGCGGCGAUGGGCUGAAGAGGACCCCACUUUCGCCUUGUCUCUGUUGUCUCUCCUGCGCUCGGCAGCGUGCGUCUCCAAGCGUCUUCGCCUUACCCAGUCCCUGGCGAGUGCCAUCCGUCUGUGGAGGCUGCAGCACCUGGAGCCGGGCGAGGGGGCGAGAAGCGCAGCGGCGAGCCGGAUCAGCUCUGUCGCCACCGCCAGCGGGAGAGGCGGCGUGGACAAGCCUGGGUCGGCGCGCCGUCUCGCCCCGCGGGAGGACGAGGUGGAGGCUGCUGCGUUGCCGCGUGAAGGCAACCGCAGCCUGAGAGCCGUUUGCGUCCCGAGUCAGACGGAACUCCAGGCGAUUGCGAAAGACAAGGAAGAGCAGCAGGGGGUCGGCGAGGACACAAACACGACGGAGGGAAAAGAACGCGCUAAAGAAUCAGAUGGAGUGUCGGAUGAAACUGGGGAAACCUGCGGGGACACCCGGAGGGGCGCCGAGACAGAGGAAGAGGACCUGGUGGAAAUCGCUGACGCAGGCUGCGUGUAUGGGGAAGCAAAGGACGAGAAGAAAGGGACUGACGGAGAGAAAGGGACUGACGGAGAGAAAGGGACUGACGGAGAGAAAGGGACAGAUGGAGAGAAAGGGACUGACGGAGAGAAAGGGACUGACGGAGAGAAAGGGACAGAUGGAGAGAAAGGGACAGAUGGAGAGAAAGGGACUGACGGAGAGAAAGGGACAGAUGGAGAGAAAGGGACAGAUGGAGCAGAGGAAAAACUCCUCAACCCCGCCGUGGCAGGAGCCGGCGAAAGUCAGGAGGGAGGAGACGGCGAAGCGAGCCUCGCGAAAGAGGGUCCUCAGGAGACAGUGGAGCCCGGCGCCAGGGGAGCGGAGAAAGGAGACCGGCGAAGCGCCAUGUGCACCCGAUUGGCAGUGCGGGAGGAAAACCGAGAACUGAUCCAGAAGAAGUCGCCAUUCCCAGAUCUUCUAAGUGCAGACGCCGAACGCCGCCUCAAGAAGAACGAUGACAUCGACGACUCCAUCCUCGAUUUCUUCCUCCGGUUCAUCACAAAGCAUGUGAUGACGGCGCGACAGCGGUCGGAGUUUUAUAUUUUCAACUCGUUCUUCUUGCCGUCAUUGGCAAAGUUCGGGGAAGACCACGAAGGUGCACACAAACACCACACGCGGUGGCUGAAACACGAGGCCGUGGCCUUACCCCUCAAGCGCGUCGUCUUCAUGCCGAUCAACCACGACAACAUGCACUGGUCUCUGGGCGUGGUUUUGAACGCCUUUGCGCCGAUUAACCCGCCCCCCGUGAAGGGCGAAGGCGGACCGACUGCUGCGAAGGCCCUGUCUCCAUCUCGGGCCCUGGCGACUGUCCGGCCGGGGCCCGGUGUGGGGUGGCCAGCAGGGCGCCCUGGGGCCUUAGCCGACCCCGGACGGCCAGGAGCCUCUGAGGCGAUGGGCAGAACGCCGGACGGAGACGCGAUUGGAGCCCCUGCUUCACCGAGACAACAACUCAGGAGGAGACUCAGGGGGGAAGCGGCGACCGGCAUCGCCUUGGAGAAGACACUCAGGUCGCCAAUUUCCGGCGCCCGCGUCGACGGCGAAGCGCCCUCCACCGUUGCUAGCCCUGGUAGCAGACCCCUGAAGAGGCUCCGCCGGGUUUUUGGCGAGGAGAGCGGGCUCGAGACGGAGGCGAAAACCGAGAUCAAACGCGAGAAAGUCGAGCAGGACCGUGCGUGCACGCUGCCGCUGCCAGACGGAGCUGCCAAGGCUCUUCUCCUUCACUUGGACUCGCUCCGAGGCUGCCGCCGCUCGCGCGUCUUUGACCGCGGACGCGGAGAACAAGUUAAACACUUUCUGAAGAAUGAAUUUGCGGCCAAGUGUGGGUCACACGUUCCCCGAGGCUCGAGUUACUGCACCGGGCCGUGCUGCUGGGUGAAGGAUGCAGUGCCGCAUCCGAAGGCGAUCCCGCAGCAAGAAAAUGGGUUCGACUGCGGUGUCUUUGUCAUUUCCUUCGUGCUCCACUUGGUGCUCCACCCGGAGGCCUUCCAGGCGCUUCUCUGCUGCGCCGAGAACAAACACCACUUCUGCGCGCCUCCACCCCCGCACGCCACGCGCCGCUCUGGUGUCUCUACACCUCAGCCUGCGCCAGGCGCCCGCAGUGGCCCGGAGGGCUCCGCCGCGACUGCAAGGCUGCUCUCAGAGGCCCCACGAGCUCUGGCAGAGACGACGGGAAACGCGGAAUUGACGAGAGUCAAAGUUGUCCCCUUCGAGUCUUCAAAAGCAACCGAACGCGCACUGCCGUCCACCCCCUGGUUCUCUCAGCGACAUGUCACGCACAGACGGAAACAGCUCCUCAAGAUGCUUUCGUACAUUCGCGAACACCCCAACUGGGAAGAGACUCCCCGAGACACUGAGCACCUGAGAGCUCUGUUGGUGGAGGAGCCCCCGUGCAAAUCCGAAACGACUGCACGCCGCCCCGCUGUCUUCAAUUUGGGACGCCGCGGGCUGAGGCCGAGCCGCUAG